AGUUGUGUUAACCAAUCAAAAUAGAUCUAACUGCAUCCCCGCUGAACGCUCGACUUCACUGGGUGGACUGCACAUUUCUGUUGGAUAGAUUUGAAUCUGCAAUUCAUAGGGUUUUUGAGUCAACAUUCAAGAUAAAGAUGCAGUUCAUGCUGCUGUUCAGUCGGCAGGGUAAGCUGCGGCUGCAGAAGUGGUAUGUACCCCUGUCAGACAAAGAGAGGAAGAAGAUCUCCAGGGACCUGGUCCAGACCAUUCUAGCCCGUAAGCCCAAGAUGUGUUCCUUCCUGGAGUGGAGGGACCUCAAGAUCGUCUACAAGAGAUACGCCAGCCUGUAUUUCUGCUGUGCGGUGGAAGAUCAAGACAAUGAGCUCAUCACGCUGGAGAUCAUCCACAGAUACGUAGAGCUGCUGGAUAAGUACUUUGGCAGUGUGUGUGAGCUGGACAUCAUCUUUAACUUUGAGAAGGCCUACUUCAUCCUGGAUGAGUUCCUGCUAGGAGGAGAGGCUCAGGAGACCUCCAAGAAGAACGUACUGAAGGCUAUAGAGCAGGCCGACCUGCUGCAGGAGGAUGCCAAAGAAGCUGAAGCCCCACGGAGUGUCCUGGAGGAGAUUGGCCUGACAUAAACUCCCUCCAUCACUGCCCCAACUAUCUCCCUCUCUUUAUUCUCUCUCUCUCUCUUCACGGGGGCCCAAACAUCUUGUUCUCGCUCCUUUGAUGUGCUGUAGUGUUGUCUUGUACUAAAACUCUUAUCAUGUUGUUAAUGUUACUUGUGCCAACUGUCUGUUCCUUGUUUUUUUUUUUGUACCUCGUCAAACACUCACCUUUUGAAACCCCUGGGGUACAUGCAGCCAGUGGCCACAGACGACACCAAUAAUACCUGAAAUCUCACCCACCUUCCUUAAGUCAGUGUUUCUGUUGUACGUGACAUGUCCGUGACGGGCAUUUUAACUCCAGUCUCGUCUAGAGAAUUUAAAACAAUUCAAAAGUAUAUCAUAAAGAGUAAGAAACCCCUUUUUUUACUUCAAUGGGAUGUUCACAAGUAAAAGAAAGCAAAAGGAUGUCAGUAUUUUUAAAGAAGUGUUACAGUUUAAAAGUAUUCAUGUUCAUUCUUUCAUUGUUUGACCAAAGAACACUGUGUUAUAAUCAUAUCGUUUUGAAGAUAAAUGGUGUUUAGG